CUCAUAUCACGGUGCAUAGAAUCCAUCUAUCCCUCUGGCAACAACAACUUGAUCACGACACAUCAAACGCAUGGUACUGCCUACAUUUCUUCAGCGGCACCACAACCACCAUCACGACAGCAGCGCCAGUUUAGUGGCCGACGUCACACUAAACGACAUUUUGUCCCCGUCGUACUGGGUCGACAAGAAAGAUCGCGUGGGGUGCGCCGACUGUGGCCUCAAGUUCAACAACUUGUAUCGGCGGCGUCACCAUUGCCGCCUUUGCGGCGAUCUCUUUUGCAAACCAUGCGUUGUGCACACGCGUCUCGUGUGUGCCGUUACGACGACGACGUCGUUGUCCCCCAACAUCAAAAUCUGCCGCGGGUGCGCCAACAACGACCAAAACUCGCCGACGUUGACGGGUUCGGCCUCGUCCUUGGCCAUGAUGUCCAUGUUUACACGGCGACCGUCGACGACUAACUCCAAGCCCGUGAGUUGGGGUCAGCUCAGCCAAUCCUGCCGUGGCCGACUCGUGUCUGCUCCCCCGGGUACCACGGAAGAUAGCUUCACCACAUCUACGUCUUCGAGGCCCUUGAGCCACCACCACCACCAUCACCGAACGAAAAGCCAAGUUCGAGGGGGAACGACCGUAUCGACAACAACUCACCGUGCCAACCACCAACAACGAACACCCAUAGACUUGAUGCCCACGGAAUCACCCCCCCCCACCUCGCAACCACGAGCAGUACCCUCCGCAACAACCACUCGGUUGGUGGUUUUGGACGAGUCAACGUUAAGCAGCCGAUUGCUCCAGAUUGUCGACACUUCCACGGCCACCCAAACGCAGUUGGCUAGCCAGCAACAUCACAUGGUGGAAACCCUCACCAGCCAUACGGAUAUGAUUCAGCGACUGGCCCUCGCCAUCGAGCGGAUGGAGUCCAAGCUGGCUUCGCCACUCGACGAAAACAACGCGCCGUCUCCAAUCGCAGGAGCGUAGUGCAGUUGUAUAUAUAUGUACUGUAUACCUGUAGUUGAACCCUAUUUAUAUUGGUAAUUCCACCAACGACUUGUCUUUAACAUA